AUGCGCUCAAUCAGUGUUGCAGCGCUCGCUGUGCUAUCUUGCGCGACACAAUCUGUCGCUGAAGAGCUCCGCCCAAAGUACUAUUUCCCCAAGGAGGUCAAGCGCCAGAACACGCCCAAGUCCCCCGGUGAGGACGGUGGUCUGUUUGGAGGGCUUUUUGGUGAUGGCAAAACCACUGUAGCUACGUCUACUUCCACCUCCUCUGAGGACUCUAACACUGUCGUCGUGCCGAUCUACGUCUACGUUGGCGCCGAUGGCAAGACUUCUACCACCACUGGAGCAGCUACGACCAAAACUGCAGCUGGCACUGUGGCAGCCAAGGCCACCCCGACUUCUGUUGAGGCUGGAUCUGUGACUGUGGACAGCACCGAUGCUAAGCCCGUCACCACCAAGGUAUCCACGACCACUGCUUCUUCGUCAGAUGGCUCUUUCUUGGGAGAUCUCGGCGCGGGAAUUUCCAAAUUGCUUAACCCAGUUGGCUCCACCACUGGUUUGCCAUCGACCAUCCUUCAACCAACCACUGGCACUGUCACCACUCCCAGCGCUCAAACCACUCAAACCACUCACACCACUAAAACAACGUCUACCAGCGACCCCAAUUUGCUCUCUGGUCUUCUAGGAACAAGUGGACUGCUCGGUGGGCUCUCACCUAGUUCGUCAUCAGGUGUUGGUUCGGCGACGACAACUGGUUUGCCUGGUAUCACAGUCGGACUCUCAAGUGUUUAUGUUUCUACCACCACCGGUAGCCCAACUUCCACUGCCAGUGGCUCCGCAACUACGUCUGGAAGCGCGUCUGGAAGCACCUCUUCUAGCCCUGCAAUUUUGUCGCUUCCGCCUCUGAGCUCUGUAUUCCCUGGCCCUUCGACUACCACUACCAAGACUUCCACCCGGUCUUCCAGUGUUGCGGUCCCUACAACCACCAGCUCAAGCCAUGUAUCCGUUGGACCGACCACUACGAGCUCUUCCGGCUCCACCAAGCCAUCUGGAAGUGCUUCCGUCACCACCAAGACCACUGGAACUGGAAGCACCACACCUUCCCAGCCGGCGAUUCCGAGCCAUAGCCACACUUCUGGCUCUGUUGGCCCUGCUGGAUCUUCCAGGCCUAUCACCACCAAGCCUACUACCACCACCAGCGCUUCUUCCCACUCUGCGUCUCCUUCGGUGCCUCAAGUGACAACCACCAAACCCAGCGAACCUGCUCCCACUACUACUAGCACUUCGACUACUAUCCAGAGCUCGGCCACUGACAAUCCCUACGUUCCACCACCUGUCAUCACUCCCACUGCUACCUCGAGCGGUCCUGCUGGUACGGAAACGACCGCCCCAACACAGCUCCCUGAGGUCAUCUCGCCUCCUGGCGGAACCCCUGAGGCUCCUCCAAACUCGACUCUGGUGCAAUUUGGUUUCAACCAGGACUUGUCAUGGCCAACUGUGGCAACCUCGAUUGACUGGCCAGACCAGAUCUAUUACUACACUCCUAUUGGUGUCUCGUAUGCUCUUGCAAUCGUCCAAGACAAGGUCACUCCCUUCUGGCUUGGCCCGUACGACACCGUGACUAGUCUUGGCUACAACACUACUCUCAUCAAGUUCUACAUUCCUAGUGAUCUGGUUGAUACCCUGACCGCUCUGCGCUCAGCUCCUGCCUCCGACCUGUACAAGCAACCAAACACCCCCAACGACAAGCCCACCUAUGACCAGAGCUCUAUCAAGAACCUGUUCUCUAUGUUGAACAUCGACAUUCCAUUGGUCGCUCAGCAGCCCUCUGGCGGCUCUGACAAUGGCUCUGGCAAUGGACAGGAUGGCGGUUCUUCUGGAGGAAACGGCAACGGCAACUCCAACGACGGUGGUGCUAGCAACAGCGGCAGUGUUCGUGGUAGCGCUGUUGGAAUCGGUGUAGGUGCCGCUGCUGGAGCUGCGGCUUACGCCGGAGCCAUGUUCUACGUCGCCCGCCGCUACCGGAAGCGCAAGCAGUUGCACCAGCGUUCCAGCUCUGUCCCCAGCGCGUCGAUGAGUGAAGCUGCCAACACUGGUUUCCUCUCUGGCCCUAACCGCAUCUCCCACAACAGUGGACGAAGCAACCGCACCGCAAUGAUCAGCGCCCCAGUGAUGUCAGAGAACUCGUUGGGAUGGAACUAG